GAUCGGAUGCCCCGUAAAUACUGAUAUCUUCCCCAGAUGACCGGCCUCAACCCCGACACGGAUUCCAUCAUUGAAAUUUUCUGUCUCAUCACCGAUGGCCAGCUCGCCUUGCUCGAUGACGGGUGGGGCACUGUUGUGCGUCAAACCCCGGAAAGGAUGGCCAUGAUGGAUGAGUGGUGCGCUCGAGUUCAUGGCGAGAGCGGCCUCACUGCGGCCGUCAUCGAGUCAACCGUGACACCGCAGCAGGCGGCCGACGGUCUUCUGGCCUAUAUUGAGAGGCAUGUCCCAGAAAAGGGGGCAGCACUGCUUGCCGGAAACAGCGUUCAUGCCGACCGGGCCUUUCUCAGAAAGGAACCCUACAAGAAGGUUCUCGAUCACCUGCACUAUCGUAUCCUCGACGUCAGCAGCAUCAAGGAGGCCGCACGAAGGUGGUGUCCGCAAACUGCAUCGGCCACGCCACGCAAAAAGGGCCUGCACAAGGCGAGGGACGACAUACUCGAGAGCAUCGAGGAAGCCAGGUACUACAAAUUGGCCAUUUUC